AUAGAAGAAUCAAGAGUGUGUCGCAAGCAACGAAGCAGCGAAGAAGAGUUGCCGCUGGGCAGUUGGUACGAAAGAGACGAAGGAAAAAGGCAGAGAGGAAGGAUUGCUGAACCGAAGAAAAGAAGAAACGGAGGAUUUCAAACUACCGUUUAAGAGGACGAAAACGUUGAUUUCAAAUCUAAAAUCAACCUCCAAUGAUCCAAUCCGUAGUCUCGCGGGGCUCAGCGAAGAAGCUUAGGAGCAGAUCAGCCUGAAGUAAUUGCACCUGCUACAAUGUCUCAACGCACAAAAAUCAUUAAAUCUUCCGACGAUAGCGACACAAAAAACUCGGCGCAGAAACUUAAGGAGCUUGAGGUUACUGUCCCAAUCGUGUAUGGAAAUAUUGCGUUUUGGCUUGGUAAGAAGGCAAGCGAGUAUCAGUCUCAUAAAUGGACAGUUUAUGUCCGGGGGGCAACAAAUGAAGACCUUAGCGUGGUUAUAAAACGAGCAGUUUUCCAGCUGCACUCGAGUUUUAAUAACCCGACAAGGGUGCUGGAUGCUCCUCCUUUUGAGCUGUCUGAGUGUGGAUGGGGUGAAUUUGAGAUUGCUAUUACUCUUUUUUUCCACAAUGAUGUUUGUGACAAGCCAUUGCACUUGUUCCACCAUCUAAAGCUAUAUCCAGAGGACGAGUCUGGUUCUCUUUCCACAAAGAAACCUAUCAUUGUUGAAUCAUAUGACGAAAUUGUUUUAGCCAAAUCUUCUGAAGCUUUCCUCGCUCGUGUGCAGAACCAUCCAGCAUUAAUUGCGCCCAGACUACCUGCGGACAUGGCUUUACCUUCCACGGCACCAGCAGAAGUUGUUGAUAGAAAAAAGAGAGGUGACACCAAGGAUAAUCCCCUAAGCCAAUGGUUCACUAAUUUUUCUGAGGCAGAUGAGCUUCUAAAACUAACAGCGGCUCGACAGCAGGUACAAGGCCAUAUUGCAAGGCUUCGGAGGCAAUUGAGCAUGAUUAAUGGGCAGCAUCAGCAGCUGAAAUCUGCAACAGAGUUUUGAAAUAUAAUAUUUUUAUACGAUUCACAGGUUUGGCAAAUGAGAGUUUCUGUAUUUUUGGAAUGAAAUUAUAAUAUCGUCAUAUAUUAUUGUGCUCCAACCCCAAAAGUCUUCAAAUUGGGCUUAUGAUCUUGGACCUCCGAGGCUUCAUUAUUGGGUCUGGCACUCUUUGGUCCAACGUAU